AGAAAGAAGAGAAAAAGCGGUGCAAAACUGAAUUCGAUUUCCGAUUCAACGGACAAGGUGAGCACGGACAUGACACCCAACGUUUGGGAUUCGAAUUUUGAAAUACACGACGAGGAAGAUUUGCGAAGGAAGCAUCAUCUUCGGCUCACUUCGGCGACCAUAGACAAGAGAAAAUGCGAGCAGUACGAACAUAAAACUCGUAAAAAAGUUGAAAAAUGGUUGGGCUUCGAGUUCAAGUGGUUGAAUAUUGUGAUGUUAACUAUUCUUCAUUUAGGUACACUCUACAGCUUGUUCACUAUAAACAUGAUUGGAAACAUCACGACGUUCUUCUGGACGGUCUUCCUGGGUGCAGUGCAAGGGAUUGGUGUCACCGCUGGUGUUCAUCGUCUUUGGACGCAUCGCGCUUACAAAGCAAAAUUACCUCUUCGAUAUCUACUUCUCAUUUUUUACACCAUAGCUGGCCAGAACAAGAUUAGCGAUUGGGUACGAGAUCAUCGGGUGCAUCACAAAUACACAGACACGGACGCGGAUCCGCACAAUAGCAAUCGCGGCUUCUUCUUCUCCCACAUGGGUUGGCUGAUGAUAAAAAAGCAUCCGGAGGUGAUCCAGAAAGGUCGUCAGACGGACAUGAGCGAUAUCCUGGAGGAUCCUGUAGUCAUAUUCGGUGAUAAGUACUUCAUGGUACUUAAAAUGAUCUUUUGCUUUGCGAUACCGAUAAUGGUACCGGUUUACGGGUGGAACGAAACUUGGAUCCGAGCAAUUAGCAUACAGGUGUUCUUUCGUUACGUGUUCGGUCUGAAUUGCACAUGGAGCGUCAAUAGCCUGGCUCACAUCUGGGGCUCGAAGCCGUACGACAUGUACAUCAAUCCGACUAACAACAGGCUGGUCUCUUUUCUCUCAUGUGGUGAGGGCUGGCACAAUUACCAUCAUGUAUUCCCGUGGGACUACAAAGCGGCCGAGUUGGGUGAUUAUAUGCUGAACAUAACGACGAUGUUUAUCGACUUCUGCGCGAAAAUGGGCUGGGCGUACGACCUAAAGCAGCCGUCACGAGAGCUCGUGAUGUCAGUCGUGAUGAAGAGAGGCGACGGCAGUCAUCACACGUGGGAUCCCAUGGCGUACCCCAAUAGCGAGAUCGAGCAAUGAAAGGACUAUUCAGUCUCGCGAAGAGGCCACAGAGUCUGCAGGAAAAGUUGGACGUUGAAAGUAUCACCACGACUGAGAGAGCGAGAGCUUACAGCAGUUACUCGCAAUUUUAUGUCAUGUGAAAAAAUACGUUAUGUCAUAUCCGGAGAAAAUGCGAAAUUAAUGAGUGAGGCACCGAUGAUCGUGAUCACGGUGAAAAAUCAUUAAUCGCAGUAAAGUAAUAAUAACUGUAAUAAGAUGUAGUUCAUAUAAAGUAUAAAUAAAUAUAUGUAAAAGAUUGGUUGUACGGACAAGGGAAUCAAUAGAUGUGUAAUGUUAUUCUCAAAGCAGAAGAUAGUGCAUAGUUACCGCCAUUUUCCGCGAUUUUCUUGAUUCAAAUAAAAUAAUCUGUGUAACGCUAAUAAGUAUUAAUAAAUGACAAGAUAGAUAAAAUAAAACAACGCAAAAAUA